UUUUAUUUGUGGAGAUUUUAAAACAAAUAAAAAUGGCAGCCUCCACGACAUUGGUUAUCGCAAUCUCGCAAGUGAAUCGUUUAUUCAGUAAAAAACUUGUUAACCUUACAGAAUAUCAAAUUUGUAAUAUCAGUAAUUAUGGCAACAAAAACAAGAACAAAAAAAAUUACAAAAAGAAAUACUCUAAACCUUAUGUAUCGCGGAAUCCAACAGAGAGCAAGCACACUUCUCAAAGUAAUCUAACAUUUGAAGAUGACUUCGAAAAAGGUGAUGAAGCCAAAAAGACAACAAAGAGAAAGGAUUUCUUUAUGGAUAGACUGCAUGCAGUAAUGAGAGGGGGUUCCGGUGGUUAUGGAUUGGCUCGUUAUGGUGGCAUAGGAGGGGAUGGUGGGAAUGUGAUUAUUAAGGCUUCAAAAACAGCAACGCUAGAAAAUAUCAAAGCAAGUUACCCACAACAGAGAUUCAAAGCUGCUGAUGGAAAACCAUGCAAAAAACUUGCCUUGCUGGGGGAAAAGGGAGAGGAUUUGGUGUUAGAAGUUCCCUUAGGCAUAACAGUUGAACAUCAAAAUAAAAUAAUAGGUGAUCUGGAUGAGGAAGGGAUGGAAUUUAUUGUGGCCAAAGGGGGAUCUGGAGGGAGCCCUGCCAAUGGAUUCCUGGGGGUAAAGGGGGAAACUAAAACAGUUGACUUAAACCUCAAGUUAAUAGCAGACAUUGGUCUUGUGGGAUUUCCAAAUGCUGGGAAGUCAACAUUUGGUUCGGCAGUAACAACAUCAGGUGGAUGGAAAAUAGCAGAUUACCCGUUCACAACUAUAAAACCGCGGAUAGCGUGGAUGGACUACAAAGAUGGCCGGAAGGUCGCAGUGGCCGAUCUCCCCGGUCUGAUUGAGGGGGCAUGGGAAAAUGUCGGAAUGGGGCACAGAUUUCUAAAACACAUUGAACGCACCAAGCUCCUCCUCUUCCUGGUUGAUAUCAAUGGAUUCCAGCUCAAUACCAGGUUUCCAUUCAGGGACCCCAUUGAAACCAUACUCAUUUUGAACAGGGAAGUAGAAAUGUAUAAACACCACUUGGUGGACAAACCGGCCGUGUUGGCACUCAACAAAAUAGACUGUGACCACGAUGGAUCUAUUGUUAAAGACAUCAUUGAAAGAAUCAAAAGCUUACCAGACAGCAUUUCCAAUUAUCCUAGUGAUUUACAGCCACACAAAUUGAUACAAUUUGAGGAUAUUCUGACCAUAUCUACUAAAGAAGGAACUAACAUUUUAAAUGCCAAACUACGAUUAAGAGAGAUAUUAGACACUCAUUUUGUUGCAGAAAUUGAAUAUCCUCUAGAUAAAUGGCAACAUGAUAUGACAGAGCAUAGAAAAAUUGAUAAAACAGCUUAAGCCAUGUUUAUCCUUCAUGUGUUUUAAGACUAGACAAUGUUAAGUUAUUCCUUGGCUCCAUUUGUGCCAGAUUUGUAAAUGAAACGUAUGCCAAGGU